AAUGAUUCAUAUAUAAUAUUGAACUUGAAAUUAAAAUGGCCUUCAGGAAUUCAACGUGUUUGCAAGCAUUGUUUAUAUGAAUUGGUUGGAAAAUAAUACGUGAACAAUGGCGAGACUUGGGGAUGUUUUCGGCGUCCAAGAAAUGACAAACUGGUUGAAGGCAUGGCUGGCAUUGAACAUCACAAAGGAUGGGUUGCAUGAGUUCGUUGACAGAGAAGUAAAACAGUUUCAGACAGGAAUAUAUCAAAACAUCACGUCAACAUUAGGUCUGUCGGCGAAUACAACUUGUACAAGCUGCUUGACUGCUAAUAUAUUACCAUGCCCCACACAAGGGGUAUGCAAGAAAAGCGGGAGAAAAUCAUAUAUAUGCAUGCAUGACACACCUAUCAAACGGCAUCGACCUUGUCCACUUAACAUUUGCGAGAAAGUGUGUGACCAUAUUAAGAACGAUCAUCGGUUCAAUGGACCCUCGUGGAAAAAACACCUGUGCUGAGCAAUGGGCGUGCAAUCACUGGCAAAUUGGGAAAUGUUUUAUGCCCCCAGAUGAAUAUAUUGGAGUGACGUCUAUUCGGGAUACAGAUUUCAACGGUGUCAUUAGUGUAAUGUUGAACUGUAAACACUUUGAUAACCUGAUGUCAUUUAGCAUAGCACUCAUGUCGUUUGGUCCGUGUCUUUUAACAAAGGCACGUAACAUUGGCAAAGCUGUCCGACAUUUUCCAUCGUGUGAAGUAACAGACUCUGACCUCAACGACUAUUUAAAUACACUAGAAACAUUGCUCAAGGAUUCCAAGACACUAGCAAACGACAGUAGCGCGCAAGAUGCGGUCAGCAAGUUGAAUCUGUUACGAAAAGAAAGCACUAUUUCUUUGGCGGAAAUGAGUCACCUGCUGAAAGAUGCACACGAGACUUUAGGUAAGGCUGAAAACGUUACCAAGGAGUGCAAGUCACAAAUGGAAUCAUACAUGGAACAACUGAAGACAAAACUAGAUGAGCACGCUGAAACACUUACAAAACAACAUACGAAAAACUUUACUGAGGAGGCAAACAUGUUUACAGAAGUAAAAAAAGCAAAUAUUACAGAACAUGCAAAUGCUUGCACAGUCGAAAGUAAAACACUCAUUAAUGAACAUGCAAACACGUGUACUGAAGGAAGUAAAAGAAACAUUUCGGAAUAUACUCUCACAUGUACAGAAGAAAGUAAAAUAAACUUAACGGAACAUGUAAACACACUGGCAAAGAAGUCCAUACAAGAUAUUCAAGGAGCCAUCUCGUCGAAGAAAGAAAGCGACUAUGAAAAUGAAGUCGAAGAUUUCGUGAGGCGAUUAAAACAGCAUUACAAUUUAACGAUGAGUCACGUGUCGAUAUCAACAUUAUUGCCAAGUGGCGACGAAUUCCUAUAUAAAAUAUAUGCAGCGCAUGCAAUAUGCCGAAUAGUUGAGAGCAAUGGCGGUAAUAAAACCGAAAAUCAUAUUACAACGUACAAAGAAAUAUUAUGUAGGGGUGAAAAUGAAAAACUACACAAGCGUAUAUUUUUACAAGGCGAAGCUGGCAUGGGAAAGACAACUUUUGCAUGUAAACUGGUAUUGGACUGGUGUAAUCCAGGAGGUGCAUUAUCAUCUAUCUCUAAAACGUUUGGUGAUGCGAACACGUUGCAAGAUUUUAAACUUGUAUUAUUAAUUACUUUGAGAGAUUCUGUUUGUGAACGCGAUGUGACUAAUAUUAUCAAAGAACAGAUAAUUGACAUGGUUUAUACUGAUACAGAACGAAAUGACGCGUAUGUAAUGCUGAAUAAAAUUAUGCAACAAGAAAUGUGUUUGGUUGUACAAGACGGGUUAGACGAGUAAAAGGAUCCCCAAGGGAAACUAACUCAGCCUAUCAUGCUUUCCUGUUACAGCCAGUGUACAGUUUUAACUACAACAAGGCCAUGGAAAUUGACAGAUGAACGCAUCAGACAAUCUCAAAUUGACAGCUUAUUUGAACUGAAAGGAGUCAGUGAUCCAUAUGAGCUGUGCAAAUCACUCCUUGAUAGCUUUGGGUGCAAUACAUUCAGCGAGUUAGUACAAUAUGUAACAAAAAAUAGACUACAUGAUUUACUGUUUUCGCCAAUGUUGCUCUCGCUAAUUGUAAGUUCUUGGGUCGACGGAACCCAAUUGACAGGGUCGCGUUGCGAUAUAUACACUGUUUUGAUUGACGGUCUUUUUAAAAAAGUGAGUGAAAAUAUAAGCUUUUUUGUUCAGCCACCAUUGAUCUGCUUUCAAAACACACGUUACCUUCAGCAAAGUUUUGAACAUCUGCAAGCCAUUUCCAAAACAGCAGUCUUAAUGUUGUUUUCAGCAGAGCGGGAACACUCACUGGUUAUAAGCGAUCGGCAAUUGUCACACUAU